AACGAAAAAUGCUUGACUACAAUAACGAUAGUGGAAAUUGGAAAUAUGGACAAUGUAUUGAGGAAAUGAAAUCACCUUCACCUAACAAACUGGAGCAAUAUGUAGAAGACUCUUUCUACGAACUUAUGAAGAGCCAUAAGUUUCAAAGCUCUAACUUAAAAGACAGAAGGAAUGGAGCAUCGAAGGUUGCUCUUAACUCGUAUAACAGCAGUUCUAUGUCAAGGAAUUAAGGAAUUUCAGACAUCUAAAAAGAGUUCAAUGAAUCGAUAUAUAGCCAAAUCAUCUAGCAACUUACCUAAUCUCCCAAGGACACAGGUCAAGAGGCCGAGUGUGAGCCAUGAGGUUAAUAAGAAUAUUGACAGGAGGAUUGAGAAAUAAAAAUCUAAGCCAAAAUUUUAACAACAGAAAUACAGCUAUGAGUGCUUAUAAACUUAGUAGCUUGAUCAAGAAGUAUAAUCCCAGAGAUUUCCAAUUUGAUAUAGAUAAUUAUAACAGAACUGAGCUCGAUUUGUCAGAUCUUGAGGAAAAAUAGCCAAAUUAAGAAGGAUAUUGAUGCUCUGAGGCUUAACGAGAGGGCAGGUAGAAGACCUCAGAAUAUAUAUGGGGCUGAUCCUAGUUUCACAUUUAACAAGCUAUCCAAUACAUUUGAAAACACCUCAAGGAAUUCUAAGUCAAAGUUGAGUCGAAUGUCAUCAAAUUCUACAAAAUGCUCUCUGCAUUUUAAAACUGUCACUAGAGAGAAAUGCAAGAAGAGGGCAUAUUUUGAUUGGAAUAACCAGCCAAGUCUGUUGAUUAACCAAAAUGAAAUUAAAACAGACAAAGCGACUACAUCUCAUACAACUCUGCCGGAAUCAGGAAAGACUCAUAGAGGCCCGAGAGAGGAGAGCACCAAGGAUUGGUACUCAAACCGAGUGGAGUCAUCAAAAUUUGUUGUCAGCAGUUCCUCAGAGGAUAAGCUCAAGACUCCAUUUGAAAGAAGGCAAGAGCUUGAGCUUACAAAACAGAAAAUGGGAAAGAUCAAGCAAAUCUCUCAGGAAUUAGGCUACAAUCAGAAAAAGAACCGUGUGCUGAUGAAUGAAUACCGUUCAGGAAUUCUAGGUGUUGAUGACCCUAUAAAUGGCAAAUCAGCUUUGUACAGAUCUCAAAAUGAGGCUCUACAACAGAGCAAGAUUAGAUCUCAGAAUCACCUCACUCGAAGACAGAAGGUGCUUAAUAAAAACUAUGGAGUCUCUGAGCAAAUCGAGUUCUGCGCUGGUAAUAUGGAGAAAAGGAAAGAUAAGAUGCAUCAUGAGAUCUCACCUUUCUGGUCACGAAAGAAAAGAGUGGUACACUAAUUUUUCAAUAAUAGCCAAUACUAAA